AUGGAUGAAGAGUGCUACGAAGUCCCAGUAAAUCGUGUUCUGGAAGCCUGCGAAAGUAGUUUUUCAAAGGGUUUUCGAGUUUUGAAUCAGGAAGGUAUUCUAGCUCGUGUUCAGGAUGAUAUUGCGAAGUUUUCGAGUGUUUUAUCGCUUUCCGAGGAAGCGACGACCAGGUUGUUGUGCAAAUAUGGUUGGAACAUUGAAAAUCUUUGCGACCAGUGGUUUCCCGAUGAAGACAAAGAGAAAGUUUGGAAGUUUUUUGCAACUUAUAUGGGAUUAGGCCGGAAAGGGUCCAUGAGGUGGUGUCCUGCAGGUUGCGGCCGUGCGGUUGAAAUUCUUCGGGGGAAACAGACUACUGGAGGAUGCUACUGCAGGUCCGUGGUCGGACCACGAUACGACUGCAGAUGGAAUUACACUUGUAGAUUCUACGGCGAUGUGAAAAAAUCCGAUGAGUUGGACGAAACUGAGAAAGAAAGGGAGAGGGCUAGGAUUUCUUUGGAGAAGUACAGGUAUUGUCACGAGAGAUGGAGUACUCAUGAUGAAUGGAGGCAAAUAGCUUUGUUGGAUAUGCAAGAAUUGAAGGCAGUGCAUCUUAAGAACCUGAGUCAAGUUCAGAAUCGAAGCGAAGACAAUUUGGAGUUUAUCAUAGAUGCUUGGGAUCAGAUUGUGGAGUGUAGGAGAAUUCUGAAAUGGGCUUAUGUCUAUGGCUAUUAUAUACCAGAUGAUGAUCAGUGGAAGAUGAACUUUUUCGAGUACGUGCUAGAUCAAGCAGAGGCUACUUUGAAGAAACUCCAUCAAUGUGCACAGACUGAACUGCAAAUUUACCUCAAAGUUCCUUUGGAGGAUUUUGAUGGAUUUCGAGUGAAAUUGUCGAAGUUGACUUCGGUGACUCGAAAGUACUUUGAUGAAUUGGUUGGAGCAAUAGAAAAUGGUCUUCUGAUGCAGAUUCAGAAAGUUGCAAGAUAA